GUAAUAUCUUGAAAUUUUUGCUUCUAUACAAAGCUCUGCCUUUUCACUUUUGCACAAUACAAACGCGCAUACUUUAAUAACAAUCUGUGUUAGUCGUGUGGCCGGUAUCUCUCUUUUAAACUACAUCUAUCUUGUGCUUCUAGACAGAUAGAGACAAGUCAUGAGUGCAGGAGAACCAAACCCAGCCGCCACACCCACCCCCUGUCAAGACACCCAGGGAGAUGGACGAUGGAUGUCUUUGCAUAACCGCUUUGUGUCUGACAGCAAAGAUAAAGAGCCUGAUGUUCUGUUUGUUGGAGACUCGCUUGUUCAGCUCAUGCACCAGUUUGCGAUAUGGCGGCAGCUGUUCUCUCCUCUGCAUGCCCUCAAUUUUGGAGUGGGUGGUGAUGCAACACAACACGUGCUGUGGAGACUGAUGAAUGGCGAACUGGAUAACAUCAGCCCAAAGGUUGUGGUGCUGUGGGUAGGCACUAACAAUCAUGGUCACACUGCUGAACAGAUCUGUGAAGGCAUCAUGGCUAUUAUCCAAGUCAUCAAGAACAAGCUCCCCCAUGCCCAGACGCUCGUACUCGGUGUACUGCCCAGAGGUAAAUCGCCAAACCCUCUGCGGGACCGAAAUGCCAAGGUGAACAAGAUGGUCCAGGAGGCUGUAUUGUCCCUCCCCCAUGCCUCUUUCCUCAACGUGGACCCGGGCUUUGUCCACUCCAAUGGCAGCAUCUCCCAUCAGGACAUGUACGAUUACCUUCACCUGACUCCUCAGGGAUACCAGGCGGUGUGCGAACCCCUGCACGCCCACCUCAAGUCUAUGCUCGAUAAACCUGCUGAGAACUGAGCAGCCAGGCCACAAACUUACACUACAACAGUGGUCAUCAUCCCUGUUUCCAGAGAGCCUCACGCUCAGCCUGUCAUCACCUUAAAGGAUAGAUAGAAUCAGUUAUUUGGGGCUAAGAGCUGCACUCAUUAUUUGUCCUCUCCAUGGCCAGGGUUGGUGACCACUGUUACAGAUAAUGGGACCAUAAAGCUUUUUGUGUUUAUGAUACAGUCUGAAAUCAAAUUUGUUGCAUUAUAAAAAGAUAAAGACUUGCCUCGAUUCCCGCUCAGCACCUGUUCCACUAGCUUUUGGUUCCCGGUGUUUUUCCAUUGAAGGAUUACUUCAUUUCUCUGUCACGAUACAAAUGAUGAAUAUGAUACCGGGAACUCCCGUCAGUCAACCACGGGGAUCAGAGCCAAACAGUGAAAUGAAACAUGAAGGGAUGACUCUGGAAAACACUGUAAAUAAAUCCAGUGCUCAUGAAUAAAGCUUUAAAAAAGAUGCAACUUUUUACUCAAAUGAAGAUAUGUUGUAGGUCAAAACAUUAGUUGCUGCACCUUGUUAAAAACUUUAUUUUAGAGCUGCACCCCAGAUCUCGCCCUUACAUGUACAGCUCACAUGAGACUAUAAGAGUAAUAAUUUACCUUACAGUAACGACAGAUAUCUGCUUUCCAGAAGAAGAAAACCUAGAACAAAAUGCUCUGUCCACCCGAGGCUACUAGAACAGGUACAAGUAGGGAAAGAGUGUGAGACUUUGACUCUUUAGGUGCCAGAAUAUGUCUGGUAAAAACAAACAAACAAAAAAAAUACAACAUACUAUUACUGCCCUAACCUUGAAAUUGCUGUAAUUCGUCAUUUUGGUUUCUCACUUUCACUAUGGGUUACAUUUAUUUUUGCGAUAGCUUUAUUUUCUUUGUUGUGGUGUCUUUUGUUUAUGUAUAUGUUAAUUUGAAUGACCAAAUGUUUAUGAUUGACCAUCACUGUUUACUUGCCUUUUAUCAUGUCACAGGUCUCAUUAUUGUCCGUGUACCUUUUUGCUUCACCUAUUGUAACAGCGACAGGUUUUGAGAGGCCGUGUUUGUUGCAAACAUAGAUGUAUUUGAGUAGGUCGUGAAGUCGUAUAGAUAUAUCUAAAGUCACUAGUGCUUCAAGUUUAAUAUCUGCAACAUAAUGGCCAAUCAGAAUAUUCAAAAAAAAGCUUUACUUUACACUAAAAUGCUUCUGAGCCUCUUGGACAAGGAUUGUGUCGCAGGACUUGAAUUAUGCUUCAGGAUGGCUGAUUGUGUAAAUGGUGGAAGAAUGCAUUAAAGAUGAAAAACAG